AUCAGAGUCAAAAAUACUCUGAUACUUGGUAAGAAACGUUGCUCCUGUAUCUCGGGUUAUUGCUGUGAUGGUGAAAAUGUCGUCUGCUCGAAUAUGUGUCUUGUGUCUGCAGUUGUGUUUGGUGUGGGCAUUCCUAUUCCAGAACAUCGAAGGUAAUCGCAAAGUUGUCUGCUACUACAGCAGUUCUGCCAAUGACAGGCUUGGUAUCGGCCGAUUCGAACCAGAAAAUAUCGAUCCAUAUCUCUGCACCCAUAUCAUCUAUGCAUUUGUCGAUAUGAACGGUCUGUAUCUGAAACCAUCCAGAAAUCUCGAUUUAGAAUAUUACCAGAGAACUCUUGCCUUGAAGAAGCAGAACCCUCAACUGCGAGUGCUGUUAGCGGUUGGUGGAUGGAAGAUUGGUUCAAAACCUUUUCUGGAAAUGAUUCAAUCCCAAUAUACUAUGGCGCAAUGGAGCCAAAAUGUAAUCAACUAUCUCCGUCGCUAUGGUUUCGAUGGUUUAGACAUGGACUGGGAAUUCCCUGGGGUCAGAGGAAGUGUACCAAGUGACAAACAUGCUUUCACAGUCAUGCUCAAGACUUUGCAAGACUCUUUCAGGCGAGAAUCACAGCAAACUGGCCACGAGAAACUCAUCCUUACUCUGGCGACUGCAUCCGGAUCUUAUUAUAUCGGGAAAGCUUACGAAACUACAGAAAUUGUCAAAUAUAUUGACUACAUGCUCUUGAUGACCUACAACUAUCACGGUUUGUGGGAGACACAAACGGGACACCAUAGCCCUCUGUACGGUUCGGCCUCAGAUCCUCCAGGUGAACAAUCACAACUGAAUCAGGUUUGGUCCAUAAAUUUUUGGCUCAGGCAGGGCAUACCACGUGACCGUUUGAUUAUAGGUAUUGCUACGUAUGGUAUGAGCUUUACUCUAGCCAAUCCAGCAGUGAAUGGUAUACGCGCCCCAACAGUAAGAUCAAACGUAUCUACCGAUAGAGGGGGACGACCAGGCCCUCAAACAAACGAAGCUGGUAUAUUGUCAUUCUAUGAGGUAUGUACCUACCAGAAGGGAUCGAAUCCGUGGCGCCGAAUCUGGUUGAAUGAUAUGAAAGUACCCUAUUCCUAUGGUGGGGACCAGUGGGUUGGUUAUGAUGAUAUUGAAAGCAUUACAUACAAGGCCAAUUAUAUUGUCAACAACAACCUGGGUGGUGCCUUUAUAUGGUCAGUCGAGAUGGAUGACUUUAACAACGCGUGCGGCUCUGGCAGAUACCCUUUGAUCAUGAAGAUCGACGAGAUUCUCAAACCAUGGCAAUGGACUCCAACUGUACGACCGACACUGGGCCCUGUCACUACUGCAAACCCUGUUACUCUUUUCCCGCCGUCCAACACCUUUGACUGCAGCUAUCGUCUAGAUGGAAUUUACUAUGUACCUCGCGACUGCAGGCUGUAUGUGCUUUGCAUGAAUGCAAAAGCAUUCCUGUUGAAAUGCCCGACAAACACACUAUUCGACAGGCAACUUAAGUUGUGCAACUACAAGACCCUCGUCAAAAACUGCAGUUAUUAAACCAACCAGGUGAUCUUGUUUGUGUGUAUAGCGGGAGAUCAAGGCAGGUUUUCUUAACAAGUAAUAGUCAACAUGUAGACUACUUCUACUUCAUUUGCACGAAAAUAAGUCAUUUUUCUCAAUUUGUUAUUGUUGUAUCUAAUAGUGUUAUUGUUUAUGUUAAAUUAUGUUUUGUUUCAUAUUAGAAUAUGUAGAUGAUUGUAUAUCGUUAUGAAAGCGGUGAGUGGUAAAAAAAAUCGAUACAAUGCGCGACAAAAAUACUUCGAUUUUCAGUUACAUCCCUUUACGUUUUGAAUUCAAAUCUUUCCAGGGUUUUAUUUUCCUCUUUCAUGCUCCCAAAGUCAACAAUCAUAAAUAUUGCACCAUUCAUAUACUGAUGUUAAUCCAUUCCUUCAGUAGGCAUAUUUCUUCGCGAGAAAUUUGUGGACUUUAAUCUUGUUCCUCAGAAAGCACAUUUUUUGAGAACCCACUGAAAACGGAACAAUUUCGAAAAUCGACGGAUUUUUAUACUAAUUAUUAUUAUUAUUAUUAUUAUUAUUAUUAUCAUUAUUAUUAUCAUUAUUAUUAUCAUUAGUGAGACGGCGAGCUAGCAGAACUGUUAGCCUAGUGGCAUUUCAUCCGACUUCGUUUUGAGUUCAAAUUUCGCCGAGGUCGACUUUACCUUUCAUCCUUUCGAAGCCGAUAAAACAAGUACAAGUCUAGCACUGUGGAUCAAAGUAGUCGACUAGCUCCUUCCUCAUAAAUUCCAGACCUUAUUCCUUAUUAUUAUUAUCUGAGACCGUGA